AUGGAAAAUGCAUCUUGGUGGAAUGAAAGAUUAUGGAAAUCAUUUGUUGAUCAUCCAAGUUAUUUGAAUAAUGGAAUGAAUGAAUAUGAACAAUCCAUUGGGGGAGUACGCUAUACAAGUCAACAAUCAUCGAAUGUAAAACAGUUACGAUCAUCUAACAUAUCAACCGUAUUAACAAGUCCUAACAUAUCUAAUAUCUUACGGUCUAACAGUGACUCCAAUUAUCAGAAUGUAACAAAUUUUGAUUCACAGACAACUGUAUUCCAACAUAAUUCAACUAGGAGAUCAUCCAACCCACAAUUAUGUAGUAAUAAUUUAUUUCAACAAUUUUGUUCUAGACAUGCAAUAAAUAAUAUGCAUUCUAUCUAUGGAAACAGAAGUCGCCCUUUAGGUUCAUUGCGUGUUUACUACUUGACAAGACCACAUUCAGCAGUCACAUUUGGAAGAUCAACAUCUCUACAAAGACCACCCCAGGAGUCACAAAAUAUCAAAUCCUGCAUGACUGUUUCUUCUCCGUUAUCUACAAGACGACUAACUAGUACUGAUCUUUGUUUUUCGAAAGAAAAUUCAUUUUCCACCCUACUGCCUGGCACCACUUCCUCCUCUGUGAAACGGUCGAAUUCAAUUGACUGUAGCGGCAAAAUCUGCAAAUUGCAUGAGCGAUCUGCAACACCAUCCUUGUGUGAAAACGUAAGUAAAAAGAUGACAAAUUCUAACCCGUGUACUAGAAGGGGAUCAGCCGUGAAAGCUCGCAGUUCACUAGUGGAUACUCUACAACAAAAGUCUCAACCUCCUCGUAGAGUUUCAUCUGCUUAUAGAAGCGAUAAAACAAUCAGAUAUGGAAACAGAAUCACAAAUACAUUGAAUGUAGAUCAUGAUCACUCAGAUUACAGUCGCAUACGAAACAUCUUUGAAGAACCUACACAGCAAUUCUUUACAACUACCAGUCCCAAUGAAUAUAUAACUUUAAAUAGUGCAAGAAAGUUGAAUGACCAAUUAACUACAACAAAUCAGCAUUCUUCGAUCGUUCAGAAUAAAAAGUCUGACACAGAUAUGCACAAACAGUUAUCAAAAACUUCUGUUUUAUCUGUAACUCCUGUUAGUUUUCAAAAUAUUAAAUUUUUCAAAUAUCCCUCGUCACCAAAAAAAUCAGAUUUUAUCCCUACAUAUAAUGCUAAUCAAAACACUACCAAAAAUAUCACAGCAUCAGAUGAUAAUGAUAGUAAACUGAAAUGUAAUGCACCGAGUCAAGUGGAAAAUAAGCUUCCAGUAGCAAUAAAAUCCAAUGAUAUAAUAAUAAUUGAGGAAGAUGUCAAUGUAUGUCACGAGAACAGCUCAAAAUGUGGUUUCAUUGAAAAAGAACCUGUAGAAAUCAUUGAAACAACAGCAAAUGCAGUUAUGAUAUCCGAAGUUUCAGCAAAAGAAGAUAAAACAGACUCUGUUAUACCACCAAAAGAAGAAUUAAGAGAUUUAUGUAAAUCACCAGAGUUUACGAAGGUAGCCUCUAAGUUUCUAAUGUCCGAUGAUCAGAUAUCAGUAGUAUUUAGAAAUCCAGAUACCGAAGAAUCCCAAUCACUAUCACAAGUUGAUGAACUAUGUAACUCCGGAGGAAUUGGUGCAAAAUUAGACAUGAAACAUUUAAUUUUGUCUACGACUAGUGAAAAUAAGAAUAACAAUUCAGAUGACACUUUGCAAUCCGAGUUAAUUUCAUGUGAAAAUGACCAGUCAAGUUCAAAUUCAACACAUAAAUCAUUAGAAUUUAUUGCGGAACGGAAUAACGAAAUUCAGCCUGACAAUAUAUUUGAUGAAAAUGUUUCAAAUACUCCAAGUGUGAACGAAUCCAUAAUUGUGGAAGAUGAAUCCAGGGAAAUGUUCCCCUCCGGUAAUCAUAUUAAUGAAAUAAAGAGAUCCAUCUUAUGUGAUGAAGUCGAGAAGACGUCCAUGCAUGGUGAACCACGUAAAUGUUUAUCGAUUUCAAAAUCAAAUAACACUGAACAGCUGCCUUAUAGAUUUUCCUCAUCAACUAAGCUAAUGACUCAGAAUGAUCUAUCAUAUACGGAUGAAAACUUAUCAUCCUGUGAUUUCGUUAUUACCAACUCUUUUCCCAUAAAAUCGAUACUUAAACGCCCUAAAAGUUUUGCAAAAUCAGAGACAGACAGCAAAGUGUCUAACAAAACAUUGAACGUGACAGUAAACGAUGAAAUUGGUUCCACUAUAUACAACACUAAUCUAACUGGUUUGACAUUUUAUGAAACUAAUAAUCAAGGAACUUCUUCUAUAAGACCUUUUUCCGCUAACUCUUGGAAAUCAGAAAUACCUAACAUUGUUGCAAAUAGUGUCAUUCGAAAUUGCGAUGAAGAUCUUAAUAUUACUAAUAUAUCUACAGCUAAUAAUUAUAAUAUUACUACAAUUAGACCAAAAUCAUCUACACUAAAAAGUAAACUUUAUACACAAUCAAAAGAUAAAUUAACAUCAAAUCGUUCUAAUAGACCCGGUGUACGUUUUGACAUAAAAAAUAAUUCUAUACUGGAAUUUUAUCCACAUGAUAUAAUUAAUGAAUCAUAA